CAGUAGGUCGCCACUUACGCAGCCGUUCAGUCACAUCGCCCGACUUGACUGCCGGGAGGCCGAGGGACAGCACAGGCACUUCGACGACGACGACCACGUUCCUUCCAUGCAAUCAGCGUCCAGCUCCGCCGCGUCGAGCAAUGUCCCAUCUGCGGCGUCGGCGCUUCCGCAGCUCGACAUGAAGAAACUCAGUCGGUUCUUCGCCGAAGACAAACCCCCACGGAAGCGGCUCGCGACUGCUCUCGAGUUUCUCAAGACGAGCACAGGCGAACAACACGAACUGUUUUGGGGCGAAGUUGCGCACGGCAGUAUGUUCUUUAGUGUCCUCCACGCGUACCUGACCGAGUUGGAGACGAUGUACGUCGCCCCCGAGAAGAAGAACUUGAUUGAUAAGAUGCGCACCAAGAAGUUUCAAACGGACGACUGGACAGACGUGUUUGAGGGCCUUGAAGUCCUUAUCAAGUCGAACAAGGCCCUUCUCGCGUCAGGGUGGCAGCAUAAUCGAUUCCUCCAGAUCUUUCAGAAGUUGCUCUUGGCCGACAACAUUGCUUACAUCAAGAAAUACGCGUUCCGAUGCCUCGCACUCUACUCGGACAUCCUCAUGGACACCGACUUUGGUCUGCGCAACACGGCUCAACUCCUCACAACCAGCGUCACACAAACGUCUUCGUCCAACUCGGUCGAUGCCGUCAACAUCGGGUUCGGUUUCUCGCAUCUCGACCUUCUUGCUGAAAGCAUUGACUUCUCCCCGUACGCGAGCGGCAACUCGAAUGUCAUCUUGCCCGCGCGAGUGUACACAGUCGGGUCUGUGCUCGGGUGGGAGCGCGUGGGGCCAACGCAGGCCGAGGAGCCCGUCGACAUGCUCAAAUAUGUGAUGGACCUCAGUCUCGAGCGCAGUGAAAACAUCACAGAUGUUGACAUCCAUCGCUUCCUCUUUUGGUGCGAUGUGCUCAUGCAUUCGUACAUGCCGCUCCUGUACCCCAAAACGUGCGUCGAGGUCGGGCUCAAGGACAAGGCCGACAAGUUUGGGUUCUUCCACCACUGCCCUGGCAGCUUUCAACGGGUCAUGGCGCGGUGGCUGUACAAACUGCGUUCGAAGCCCAAGUUUAUGGAUGCGCUGUGGCUCCGAAAGGAAUACGUCGAUGUGAUCAUGGAAACCAUGCGCCAACGGUUUGCCUACCGCGACCCGGAACUCAUCUUGGACGGCAUCAAGUUUUACUCGCAGCUGUGCAAGGGCACUCAAUACAUUCCGCCCGCGAUGAAGGAAUCGUUCCACGAGAUGCAUCGGGCGAUCAUCGCCCACGUAUCGCAAAUAUUUCACCCGAGCGUUCACUUCGACGACCCCAACAUUUUCAUCGUCGGCAUUGAACUGCUGGAGCUCCUGUCGCAGCAGCCUCUUCAUAUCCACUCGUUUGCCGUCCUCCGAAAGGCGAUCCUCGCAACGACCGACGCGUCGUUUUUUCUACGAGACAUGCCCCCUGGACAAUCCAUUCUUGUCCCGAUGGUCGCGGCUGUCUAUCACACGUGGAUGCAUGGCAUGGUACAGCCCAACGGCGCGUCCGUCGACGUGUGGGCCGAACUUGGCACGAUGGUGCGCAAGUGGCUCACGAGCCCGUCUGUGUCGACUGCGUUUGCAACCGAACUCGUCCGGAGGUGGAAGGUCGAAGUGAAUACGAUCAGCGCGAUCUUGCAGUGGUUCUACUCACCACAUCAACACACGGCGGCAGAUAAGCAGCAUGACGAUCUGCCCAAGGAAUUCGUGUCCACGUUUGUGUCGCAGCAUAUUGCCCCCACGGUCGACACGGCUCUCGUCGUUCUUGACCGCCUUUUGCAUGUGAUGAGUCCGUCGACCACGAUGCCGAGCCUCAAACCACAUUUGGUCCUUCUCGUCCAAGAAAGUGUGCGGGAUCUCGUGAUCAUGUGGGUCAACAAGAUUCCGGCGCUCGGCAUUAGCCCCAGCACGCUCGUGUCCCUCUUUGGCGAAUGGUUUCUGCCAUCAUGCGAACCGCCCAUGUCGUCGGAUUUUGAAGCCGCGCAGUGUGUUGCGCUCGAAACUCUCUGCCUCGUGAGCACGGCGAGUUGCAACAACAACACCGACAUGCUUCCGUCCCACGUCGCCAUGUUUUGUCGCGUCAUCCACGCCGCCAUCCACGACACGACCAAGAUCAACGUGAUCUCCACCGUCGUUCGGCAGGCGUCGACCAUUUUUGGCCGAUGUGCUUCCGGCAUUCACGUGCUGAUCCCGGCCGUCUUGCACGCUAUCGAGGCCCUCACGGAGCACCACACGUCACCUGCCACCGCGUUAGCCUACGGCCCCGACUCGAAGGUGGACUGUCUGUCGUGCAUCCAGUUGCUGUUUGGGUUGCUGUCACUGCCAGGACAGUACCCGAAUUUAGCGCAUGAGAGCUGGCAGGCCAAGCUGCGUAAUGUCGGUCCAGCGACGAAAGGAACGUCGCGAGCACCGACGGCGCUGCCGCUUCUGGCCGAAUUUGACGCCGAGCUGCAUACCGUGGCGGCGGGGUGCUUUCAACGACUGGUCGACUUUGACGGCAGCGAAUUCGCGUCGACGACAGACGUCCAGCAGCGCGCGCUGUGGGGUUUGUAUCUCCUUGUGGUUCUCCAGCUCCGGUCGUCCAGCCACCCGACGCUGGUCAAGUCGUACGUGAUCUAUCUCUGCGAUACCUGUGCCUCCCAAGACGUCGUGCUGGCGCAGACAGCCCUCGCCGCUGUCCAUGCUCUCCACCACUACCACGCAGCACUGCUAGCGCUGGAACCUGGACUCGUUCAGCAUAUCGUGAUGGCGCUAUCGCUGUUAGUCCAACAGCAGGUCGAAAACGCGUCGACAGUGAUUCGGGAUCACUUGGAAGGAUCGCCCACAGACCAAUUGCCGCCACCGUUGCACCAUGGCCAGCGCGGCGGCAAUCCCGUCGCCCUAGGCUCGCCGACCGACAACUUGGGACCGGACACCAGCGACGUAGCUGUUGGUCGGGGGAGAAAGCGAUCCAACUCGUGGGCCGCUCCAGACAAGCAGCCGUCGAGUGGUUCUGAAAGCGUCCUUGGCGCCAACCUGAACCUUCCGAGACAGCAAUCGCGAGGCAGCGAAGUCAUGUCAUCGGUUCUCAAGACGAUCGUCGCCAAGUCGAACGCCAUUUUUGAAAGCCUCACCGAUUGGCUUAUGAGCUGCACGUCGUUGCUGCACGACGAAGCCGUGCUAAAGUUGCUCUUUCAAGCGUUGGAGGCAGCGCUCAUCGGCAGCAUCCCGACACAAUCAGAAUGGCAAAUUGUCGUGGAGGAAGCCAGGAAGCGCAAGCGAAACAUGGACACACCGCUUUUAUUCCUUGGUCUGGCGAUGCGGGUGUCGCUGGAUCCAGACCGCCACAAGACGUCCCUCCAGUGCUUUUCAGACAUUGCUGCGGCCGCUGAAGGGUUUUUGAUGCACCUGCUUCACCACUUGCAUGGAUUUCCAUCUCCUGCCGGCAUGGACCAGUUUGUGUCAACGUGCACCGAGUUUGACGACACAGCGAACGACGCUGUGACGUCGCUCAGUUUUGUUUACUUGAAUUCGAUCGUGCUGACCGUCGUCGGAGGUGUCGACGCUCCAACAGCCCGCAUCGUCGUGCGGGAUAUCACAGGGACUUAUACGUGGGAUGCUGUCGCCGUAUCAACGGGUUUGCCAGUACAGCCGUCGGGUGUGGACGCGCUAUCGAUGCAAGCAGCGCUGAUGCCAGCGACAACGUCUGCUGAACAUGACAAGCAUCCAUGGGAUCGACCGAUUCCAGGUCAACAUGACGGGGAGUGCAGGGAGCGGCUCGAGGUCAUGAUGGAUCACGCGGUAGCCCAUGCCAACAUGACUGUCCCAACGUCCAACAUGUGCACGAUCUGCGGUGGUCGAAUACUCAAGCCGUCCGCGCCAAGUGCUCCACCACUAGCGCCCACCAAUGCGUUGGUUCCGUUUCCAGUCGCCAAGAAGAUUCUCGUUAAAGGCAACUCCCUACCAUCCAUGCCGCAGUAUGUUUUUCACACCGAAUCACAUCCGGGGCUCAACUCCGGCAGCAACUUUGACGUAUAUUUAUGCCAGUGCAGCAGCACCCUUCAUCAAGACCCCACGUCGACUCCGGUCGUUUCUGCUGCGUCCCCGACGGCGGCCGUUCCGAUCUGCAACUUGUUUACAAUCGACGCCGACCAACAGUACAUUGGCUCUCUCGACCACGAGCGGUGUUUGCUAGAACUGCUUGUGGACAGCAUCCCGAUGCACUAUCGCGACUGCGGCGGUGACCUCAUCGACAAAACGUUGCUCGGCGGGCGGUAUACGAUGCAAAAGUACUUGGACAUGGAGUGGGACGAACGCCGGACGAGGACUCCAGUCGGACCCAUGCACAAAGACUCGUCAUCGGAGCCAGGGUUUUCGUUUUUUCAGCGCCUCUUGCACGACGACGAGUGCUAUGCAUACUUCAAACUGUACUUGGCGGAGGAGCGCGAUCGGGGCAGGUCGUUAAUUGAAUUCUGCGACGCCUUGAAAAAGUACGAGCGAUCCUUUGACGGGAACGAUCGGCUGAGCCAAGCGAGCUUGUUGUACUGGGAAUAUCUGUCGUCCGAGAGCAACUUCAGCGUGAAAUUUCCCUACGGCAUCGCGUCCAAGGUUCAGAAUGCUAUCCAACAAGCUGCAGCUUCGGCCAGCGAUAACCGUCCGGCGCACGUGCAGCAGCUACCGCUGACCCUUUUCCAAGCGGCACUGGACCACGUCGAAGUUACGUGCUUUGAAAACGGCGGACUCCUCGACCGCUUCAUCACGUCCUUGAACGACCUGCUCGCGAAGAAGACGUCGGGACCUCCCGUCGCGAAUGACGGAGACAACUGGGCCAACAUGCCCAUUCCACAUCAACUCAUGCUGUACGAUGCAUUCAACGUGAUGGAACUGAAUGUUCGCAUAUGCGCCGAAACCUUAAAGGUGAAAGCCACCACGAACGGUAUUUUCAACCCGACGAGGACCGCGCUGGCGACGCCAACCACCCCGUCGACAGCAGCACAGCCUUCGACCCGCCUGGCGCCUCUCGACAUGUGCCGGUUGUUCCUUGGCCACGUGGGCAUCUUACCCAACGAUUUCCUGGCGACGCACCAUCAAGUCCAGCUACUGGAUAACGGUGUCAAACUCGAGCGUUCGUUAAAGCACCUCGACAAGGCUCCCAGUCGCGAAACGAUGAAAAUUGGCGUCGUAUACGUUGGUCCAAACCAGUCGUCGCAGCAGGAAAUCCUGCGCAACGAUUGCGGCAGCCCCGCCUACGAGCAAUUUCUGCGCGAGUUGGGUUGGGAGGUGGAUCUCGCAACGCAUCGAGGGUUCGUUGGUGGCCUGGACGUCAACCCCAAGUCGCUCUCGAACGGACCCAAGACACUGUAUUACGCGUCGUCGACGGCCGAAUUGAUUUUUCACGUCGUGACGAUGAUGCCGACACGGGAUGCCGAUCCCCAGCAGAUCGACAAGAAGCGGCACGUUGGCAACGACUAUGUCCAUGUCGUGUGGAGCGACAACCUUCGCGCGUACAACCAAGCAACAAUCACCAGCAACUUUAACUUUGUCCAAGUCGUGCUGUUUCCCCUCAAACACAACACGUACGACGGACUUGUACUGGUUGAAGUGCUCACAAAACCGAAUGUACGCGCCACCCCGAUGGCAACGAAAUGGCUCACGGUUGGUCAGGUUCCGCUCUUUGGCCCGCUGAUGACGGGAAUGGUCGUAACCCAGUCCGAGCUGCCAGACCUCGUUCGACAGACGGUCAUGAACGCCAACCGAGCAUGCAGACAGCAAACGCAGUGGUACAUGGCGCCGUACACAACGCGUCGCAAGUUGAUUGAGGAAGUGAUCGAGCGAUACGCGAUGGACUAUAGCGAAAAGAGCAUGCUCACGAGCUUGUUCAAGAUUCCGUCGCCGUCGGAAGGUCACAGUCUUUAGGAGGAACCGUGAAAUGAACCUCGACCACUCGUCAAACGUCUUGCACUACGUCGACGGUGAUAGGAAUUGGCAUCGAGUUCCAAGCCCGAGCACGGCGUCGUUCGCUCUACCGCGAGUCACCACGACGUGGCCGUCGUGAACUCGACAAACCAAGAGGUCAGCAGCCAAGUAGACGGCGUCGGUCGUGUUGGGGCCGAACUCGAGCGCUGAGCGUCACGGCUGCAUGGACACACCACGAUCGCUCGGCAGCAC